AUGUCUUCUGUGGAGUAUGGAGGCAGAACGACGUCCUCGGCUGAGCAGGAAAUGCUGAUUUCACUUAUACCAGUGGCCCAUGCUCAAGGGAGUCCUAAAGCUGUGGUGUCCAUAACGCCUGAUACACAUGUGUUCACUGGAGAGACAGUUACUCUCAGAUGUGACGUACAGGGAGGAGGAAACACUCAGUGGAAUUACAGCUGGUAUAAGAAUAACAGACUCACAAACCACACAACGCAAGAGUUCAAAAUCCGGUCUGUUCUACACAUUCACCAUGGUAACUUCACCUGCAGAGGACAGAGCAGUGACUCUCAGAGCUCAGAGAUCAGUGAUGCUGUUACACUGACUGUAUCAGAGAGACCAGGGGCAGUACUGAGUGUAUCUCCACAGAGCUGGCUGACUGAAGGAGACUCAGUGACUCUAAGCUGUGAGGAUACAGAUUCCUCUACAGACUGGACAUUCAGCUGGUACACAGCUGUUCCCUACAGAGACGGCUUAACUCAAAUAAAACAUAAUCGUGGCUAUAUCACGUAUGUGGAGCUCCUCUCAGACAGCAGCAGAGGAUCUGGAGGCAACUACACUCUCAGUCCUGCUGCUCUAAAUCACACAGGAGUUUAUAUGUGCAGAGGAGAGAGAGGAGAACCAGCCUUACACACACAGUACAGCAAUCCACAGCCACUAUGGAUCACUGGUGAAUCUCCUCCAGUCUCUCUGAUCAUCAAUCCCAGCAGAACUCAACACUUUACUGAUGACUCUCUCUCACUGAGCUGUGAGGACCAGAUUAACUCUACUGGAUGGAGAGUGAGACGAUACACACACAGUGAGAGAGUGUUAGAUUGUUCAAGGGGAUCAGUUACAGGAUCUACAUGUAAAAUCAGCUUCCUCUCCACAUCCUACACUGGAGUUUACUGGUGUGAGUCUGAAUCUGGAGAAAACAGUAAUCCUGUCAACAUCACAGUGCAUGAUGGUGGUGUGAUCCUGGAGAGUCCUGUCCAUCCUGUGACUGAGGGACAUCCUCUGACUCUACGCUGUUUAUAUCGCAACACAAAGUCCUCAAACCUCCGAGCUGAUUUCUAUAAAGAUGGAUCAGUUCUCCAGACACAGACUACAGGAGAGAUGAUCAUCCGAACUGUCUCAAAGUCAGAUGAAGGUUUCUACCACUGUAAACACCCAGAGAGAGGAGAGUCACUGAAAAGCUGGGUCUCAGUCAGAGCGUCAGGUCCAUCAGGUGUAGAAGCUCCAUUCUCAGUGCUCAUGCUGAUCAGUAGUGUAGUGACGGCCUCUCCGUAUCUGCUGGUGACCAUCAUUCUGCUGGUCAAAUGUUACAAAGCUCGAGCUCACACUGGUGAAUACAGAAUCCAGAACGCAGUCAUAGAGGAGUGAGCAAAGUUCAUCUAUAAAAAGAGGAUCCGUUUAAUGUAGAAAUCAUUUCAUAAUUCCUUUAGAGUCAUUUUGUGGAUUGUAAAUAAUACUGAUCUGUCGCUUUAACAUCAUGCUGUUUGUAGCUCAGCAUCUUACACGCACUCGUCUUUCUGACUGGAUUUGUUUAGCUGAAGCCUGCAAACCUCCUCAUGAGGUGAAAGUGAACAUGUGUUUAGUUUCUAAUAAAGCCUACAUGUUGCUAAUGCAAAAACACGUGUGAAAUAAAUGUGUCUGCUAUUGGAGUGAGUUUCAUCCCAAUACGCUCCGGUCACGAUUCGAAUCAAUUUACAAUACUGACUUCAGGAUUUCGAUUAAAUUUUUGUCUGUAUAAAAGUAAAUAAAUUAAAAAUGCCUAUGAACAGAGGUUUAAUAUUGUUCACAAAAUGUACUACAGGUUCACUACAUCUUAAACAUAAAUUAAUAAAUGUAUAAAUUCUUCCCAAUAUUUUGACUGAAUAAACAAAGUGUCUGACCCGGGGAAAAUGUUAAUAUCAUAUCGAAUAUCAUAUUGCUCUAAUAACAGAGAAUAUCAGGUUUAGAAACCAAAAUGAACUUUUUUUUUCAGGCUUUUGGGGUCAG